AUGGCGACAGGAAAACUUUCACUUUUUAUUAUCUUAUUCCUGAUUUGCGUAGUCUUUAUUGAACUAGCUCAAUCAAUUGCAUUGAAUAAACGUCAAAGUGGUUCUGUUGCCUAUGCUGAUUUUAUUAGUGGUGGAGAAAAAAGAGGAGCUGCGGUAACUGGUCGAUUUGUUUGGACCCCUAUAUCAAAAAGCGAUACCCAAGUCGAUGGACAAUUUAAUUCAGGUUUUGAAAAUUCAAAUAUCAAAGAUUAUAGCUUCUUUUUAGAAGAUAAACAUGGCAAAAUAGUCUAUGAUCUCACAGAGAACAUUAGUAAAAAGGUUAAUAUUAUUGUACCUGGAACCUCACCUUAUAAUGAAUGUUUUGCAGAUAGUUUUAUGAAACCUGAUGAUAUUGUAGGUUUAAAUUUUAUUGUUAAAUGUCAAAGUGAAAAAAUUGGCGAGGCCCUUAUUAAAUAUAGUUAA